GUCUGCUAAUGGGACAUGGACAAAAAUGGACGUGCAGCCGCCGCCUAUCCGAACCUUGGAUGAUUAUAUUUUGGGCUCGGCUAGGUUCGCUGUGCCAGAUAUACGAAAUCUAGAGCGAUGGAACAAUCGGAUAAUAAACAACCUGCUGUAUUACCAGUCCAACUAUUUCGUCUCGUUUUUGGCAGUCCUUGGAAUAGUAGGGUAUUUCCAACCCUUCCACCUGUUUUUGGGUGCCACAGUGGUGACGUUGAUGUUCAUGGGGUUUGUGUGGGCUGCAGAGAACCAGGCUCAAAUCAGACGAUUCCGUCGUAACCACCCAUCCUUGGCGCUAUGUGCCAUUCUGGCAGCCAGCUACUUCUUCCUCACAGUGCUCGGAGGAGUGGCUGUCUUCCUUUUUGGAAUAGCCUUCCCCAUCUUAUUGAUACUGAUCCACGCCUCUGUUCGGCUGCGGAGCCUGAAGAACAAGUUGGAGAAUAAGCUGGAGAGCAUUGGCCUAAAGAGAACACCCAUGGGGCUGCUGUUAGAGUCCCUGGGACAAGAACAGGAAGCUGGGUCUUAGGGAGGAAUAGAAAAAACAGGGAUGCCAGGUUCUAUUUCUGUCUUCUUGUCCAUACCCCUGUACUGUAAUUUAAAAGAAGGAAUGGACACAUUUUAGCAAGUUGAUGAAGAUGAGGCCCCAUUAAGCCAGGUUCUUUCACUUAUCCUGUAUAUCCACAUAAGUACAUUGGGUUCAGGGUUAGAGACUUAAGUGGAACAAGGCCUCAGAUUGCCUGGAAGUCUGAGAAAAGGAGUGUGAAAAGUAGCUAAGUAUAGCAGGGGGGACAUGCUUGUUAUAUCCAACUGUUACAAAAUUGGUGGAACAGAUUGCAUAUUCUGUAUGUGUUAGGCCUAUAUCAUGCUACACACUAACUGUUGUAUUUUUUUUUUUUUUGCGCACCUUUGUAAGUGAACUCCAAAAUUAAAGAGUACAUUCUGUGGAUUGAAAAACUACACAGAGAGGUGAACUAAUUUCAAAAGAGGUGAACUCGUUACAGAAGUGGGAUUUGUUUCAAUAAUGAAUGCUUUUUAAAAUGCAGUUUAUACUCCAGUGUUAUUGUUACCAAAUUGUUUUACAUGAAAACUGAAGGUGAUUGAUGGACCACUAUUUUCUAGCUGCAGACCACUCCGAUUUUUGUGUUAUUGUCCACAUUGUAUUGUUGGGUUUUGGGAUUUGAUAAGGUUAAAGGUUUGAAUGGGUUUUAGGUUAGAAAGAAAACUGUGGGAAACUGUAUGCUUGCAUUGAAAUAUACAUACCUUUAAUUCCAAGAAUGUUAACUGGGAUUAUUUAUGUCUCUGUCCAAGCACAAUUUGGUGUGAAGAUUGUGUAUGGCAUUCUGCCUUUAUUGUGCAAACUUUUAUUCAGUUGAUAAAAGUAUGUUUCACUUUUUUCAUUGUCAGCCUUGCUUUAUAGUCUAAAUAUUGUGAUUCCAUUUUUUUGCUCCAAUGCUGUCAAAAUGUAUUUACACUUUAUUUAAUACAUAAUAUGCCUUACUUC